AAUAACAUUCAAAUACUCAUGUAAAGUACAAGUAUCUCAAGAUUUUACUUUAGUACUUGAGUGAAUCUACUUGGCUACUUUACACCACUGCCCCUUACCAUUUGAGGGUGAAUACUGUUCAUGGAUGUUUUUGGAAUAAGAAGGACUCAAAUCAAGUCUCUGAGUAUGACAGAUCAUUUUCCAGCUUGUUGCACAUUUUUUGCAUUAGAUCACUGGUGUGGAAAACAGACCGCCUCACCCCUGUGGAAAAGCAGCAGCAGCAGCAGCAGCAGCAGCAGCAGCAAUAAUGAUCUAAAGGGAAAGAUGGUUGAGGUCAUGGAAGCAUACUGCGGAGUCAUGUCAAAGUUCCGGAGGUUUACAUCAGGGCCAAAGCGGGACUGGUCUCUGAGAUGUCAGACUUACGUAACUGUAUCUUGGCUGACGAGAUGGGUCUAGGAAAGACCAUCCAGUCUAUUACAUUCCUCUAUGAGAUUUUCAAGAUGGGCAUCCAGGGGCCGUUCUUGGUCAUCGCCCCGCUCUCCACCAUCCCCAACUGGGAGAGAGAGUUCCGCACCUGGACGGAGCUUAACGCUGUGGUGUACCACGGCAGCCAGGCCAGCCGCAAGACCAUCCAGGCCUACGAGAUGUACCACCGAGACACACAG